UAUUACUGUGAAUGGAGUAUUUAUUGUUGGGUAAACCCUCGCGCAUGCGCAGUCGCUCGUGCGUCCUGUAAAAUGGAUUUUUAACGCAAUUUAAGAUUAAAAACAACAUUUUGGUACAGUUUUUGUAAGGUGUUAUAUAGUAUUGAUGUCAUAUAUUGUUUAAUAGUGACCCCAAGCACGUGAUUUUAAACUUCCCAAUCUUCCCCAAUACAAGUAGAUUGGACUUGGUCUUGUAUGACUAAAAAGCCUGCAUGAUGCGAUGACUUUCCUCAGAGGGACUUUGAACUGAUGCGACUACUGAAGGCCUGUUUUCCGCGGGAGACGCAAUCUGUUGUCUCGUGUGUAAACAAACCCUCUGCGUUGCAAAAUGAGCGAAGAACGGUACGUAGAAAGAAACUGGACGGAAUCCGAGACGAGAGCGCUGCUCCGCAUCCGAGGGAACGAAGAGUUAAAUCGGCAGAUUAGCGGAACCGUACGCGAUUCUCUCAUUUACGGCGAAAUCACGAGGCUCCUCCGCGCGCAGGGGAUAAACAGAAGCCAUCGACAGGUCACCAACAAACUAAAGACGCUCAGAAAUAAAUUUCGGAAGAUUCACGAGCAUCACAAAAACAGCGGCCUCGGUAAAGUUUAUUGGAGUUUUUACGAUCUCUGCAAGUCCAUCUGGGGGACCAGGCGCCCCGCAAACACCUCGGUGCCAAAGUCUAAAAACGUGAAGCUCGAAGAACCCCAAAGCACGUCAAUCGAAGAAAACCGAUCCACUGACAUUGAGGUAUCGAUCAGUGAUGAUGAGGAGACGGAUAUCACGCCGAAAGUUACUGAGCCUCCAAGGAAAAAGGCAAAAAAAGACCACAUUGCUGAAUCUGUAGGAGAUGAAGAAGCUUUCCACAUCCAGGACGAGAGAGAGUAUGAGGAACGGUUGCGUAGAGAAACCAGGGAGGAGCAGAAGGAAGAAAGGACAAGUCUGAUGGCUAUGUGGAAGGAAAUGAUGGAGUUCCAAGGGAACCUCUUAAAGGAAUUUAUACACCACCCGUCCAGGCCCACAUCUGGGCCUUAUCACAAACAUGCUCAUUACAACCAGGGGUCCUCUUCUUUUCCAAACACUAGCUACACGGCACCAUAUGACUCACCGGGAAUGCAAACCGAAAACGAAAGUGCGAUCUCGCAAGAGGAAGAGGAAGAGGAGGAGAAAUUCCUUCCGUCCGAAAUUCCUGUUAUCGUAGACGUUGCAUCUUUGAAAUGUACAAACGAUGACCAAUCAAAUAUCACAAUGCCGCUUUCGCCCCAACCCACGCAAUCGACAGAAAAGACAGAUUUACAGAUGUCUGUGCUACGCAGACAGGAAAAAGUGUUGCAGUUACAGGAAGAGUAUUAUGCACUCAAAAUCAAGUAUCUGAAAGACAAGAUGGCCGGAGAUCAGGCACAGAAUGACAAGUCUUAACCAUAUUUAAAAGUUUUAAAAUGUAACAAUUUUAGUUUUGACUGUGUCAACAGUAUAAUGUUACAGUGCAUUUAACCAGUGCCUAUGUUACUCUUAAAUGUGUAAUGGAAUGUUGCAUAUUUUGACCAGUAGAUGGCAGAAGGGUUCCUUUUUUACUACUAUCACAAAUAGUAUAGGGUAAUAAAGAAAAAUUUGUAUGUACAAUCAUGAACCACAUAAAUAUCCAUACAUUCAAUUGCAAAAGCGAUGCUUUGUUAGUUUUAUGACGAAGAAAUACGCAUUUUUCAUUGCAAACCUGUCCUUGGCGUCAACAUAAAAUCUUCAUUAAUAAACUUACUGUGUGACUUUGUUUUUAUAUUUCUCAUUAAACAGUGUACAUUUGAAACUCCGCUU